AUGGCCAGUAGAAAUAAUGUGACUGAGUUCAUUUUUACCGGACUUUUCCAGGAUCCAGGGGUGCAGAAAGUGUGCUUUGUGGUCUUUCUUCCCUUGUAUCUGGCCACAGUGGUGGGCAAUGGCCUCAUCAUCCUGACAGUCAGCGUCAGCAAGAGUCUGCAUUCCCCCAUGUACUUCUUCCUUAGCUACCUGUCCCUGGUGGAGAUCAGUUACUCCUCUACUGUUGUCCCUAAAUUAAUCACAGACUUACUUGCAAAGGUCAAGUCCAUCUCCCUGGAGGGCUGUCUGGCUCAGGUGUUCUACUUCCAUUUCUUUGGGGUCACUGAGGUCUUUUUGCUGGUGGUGAUGGCUUAUGACCGCUAUGUGGCCAUCUGCAAGCCUCUUCGUUAUACGACCAUUAUGAGCCGUGGAUUGUGUCACAUACUAGUUGCUGGUUCCUGGCUGGGGGGCUUUUUACACUCCAUAAUUCAGAUUUUCAUCACCAUCCAAUUACCCUUUUGUGGCCCCAAUGUAAUUGACCACUACUUCUGUGACCUCCAGCCAUUAUUCAAGCUUGCCUGCACCGACACUUUUGCAGAGGGGGUCACUAUAUUAGUCAACAACUUAAUCACCCAGUGUUCCUUCCUCAUUCUGGUGUCCUCCUAUAUCGUCAUCCUGGUCAUCUUGAGGAACCAUUCUGCAGAGGGGAGGCACAAAGCCCUCUCCACCUGUGCCUCCCACAUCACAGUGGUCAUCUUGUUCUUUGGACCUGCCAUCUUCCUCUACAUCCGACCCUCCUCCACCUUUACUGAGGACAAACUAGUGGCCGUCUUCUAUACACUGAUCACCCCCAUGCUGAACCCCAUCAUCUACACACUCAGAAAUGCAGAGGUGAAAAAUGCCAUAUGGAGGUUGUGGGGAAGAAAGUGAACUCAAAGUAGUAAAUCAAAGAUAUGUCUGAUUAUUCUAACACCGUAAAUGGAUUUUAACUUCAGCAGGAUAUUUAAAAACCCUCGGAAACAUAUAUAUGGACUUACUGUUACUUAUGUUUUGAUUCUGUUUAGUAAUCAAAGAUUCCUGGGUAUCCUGGUAUAAUGUUCCAAGGCCAGAAUUUAGAUGCUUGCUGUAUCCUAGGAAACCUGACUGAUUCCAAGAUAUCCACAAAUAUCAUAGGAUUGGGCACUACGAAGACUUAAACCAUGUGCAAUUAUGAAGGAGAACAUUUUGGCAAAUGUGAAGGGGAAUAAUUUGGUAAAAGUUUUUGUAGGUUAAAAUUUCUCUUCC